AUGACGGGUAUUAGCCCAACAGUCUUGAUCGAUGAGUGGCUGCUCGUUUCCCCGCCGGCAGCCAACGCCACUGCCGCCGCGAGCUGCGCAAAAGGUUCAAUCCAGAUCGUCGCUUCUCACCCCGCCGCCUUCGCCAGCGGCCUCUCCUCCCCGCCGGCUAAAGCGGCCGACACCGGCGGCAGCGGAGCGACGGCGAGAAAGCGCCGCCGUGAGGCCUUGGCGGGUGCCGGCAAGCAGCCGAAGCGGGCGAGGGGGAAGAAGGAGAAAGCUCCGUUGACCGAGUCAACCGCCGCAACUGGCGGUGAGUGGAAGCAAGUGGACGCUCUCAACGCGAGCACCUCGGAUUCUUGCGAUCAACUUGAGAGUGCUCCGUCGUCCCCCACUGUCCCCGCCUUCCCGCGCGGCGGGGAUUCGGCCAGCCUCGCGGCGCAGACUCUCGCGCCGAUGAAUCUUGAUACGAGCGCACGCGCCAAUCGCGGAGCGAAACAGAAGGCAGAUGUUGCUGUCGGGCAGCCUCUGGCGAAAAAGUUGUUGCAACGACGUUCGCUACUGCCUUCGCCAGCGCCCAUCUUUCGCCAAACGCUCGGAGAGCUCUGGAGCUUUCUUGACCCCACGUUCAGUACAUCCGAACCUGCUUCCAGUCUUGAGCAACCGACCAAGUCCGGCCCGAGCCAGAGCUUCAGCCUCGGGCAGGAAGCAACCACCAGCGAGCCGCCUACUCCGAGCGCGCAGAGCUGCCUUCAGCGAUGCCCCACGGACGCGGCGGUUGCGGCGACGGAUGCGGCAGGGGCAAAUGCUGCGGGAUCUGAGGGCGGCGCGCGGUCGAUCUGCGGGCGGACGAGCGCCGGUUCGGCGGAUGCGGAAGAGGGGUCGCUGGACACAGUGAUUAGCGGCGGGAAACGCGGAGCAUCAAAGACGGCGUCAGUGCCAGCGUCCGCGAGAGCGCGCAGCGACGGGGGCGCCACCACGGCGAGGCAGGUGGCGGUGUUGCGGGAGGCGGUAGCGGCGGCUCACUCGGCGGGAAGGGCGGUCGUCGCGCCCGCGGGGAGCUCCGCCGCGGAUGGGGGGGCUUUGAUGGGCCAGCAGGGCGCGGGAGACGGCGGGAAGCGGCGCGCGCGAAGGCCGUUCUCGCGGCAGGGCAGCUCCAACGCGCCGCACGUGGCCGCGCGCGACGGCAAGGCGGCGGGCGCGCGUGGCGCGCAGAGGGACGGCGCAGAUGGCGCGGAGGUGGCGCGAGGGGAAGCAGCAAUGCCGGGACGGCCUCUGGGCUCCGCCGCGGCUCCUGCCUCCGCCUCUGCUGCUGUGCCCCCUCCUGCUGUUGCUGAUCUGUCUGCGUCUCAUGACAACGUGUCUGCGUCCCAUGCUGACGUGUCUGCGUUCCAGGUUGACGUGUCUGGUUGCGAAGAUCUCUCGUUACAGGCACACUCUAUGCAGUCACUGUGGACUGACGAAGGCACUUCGGACCUCCCACUCAUGCCUCUGGCCUGCGGUGGCGAGCAAGGCUCGGGCAUCUCGCCGAACCUGCUGCCGAGCCUGGAGUGGCAGACGCCGUCAGGUUUGGAAUCCAGGGACCAGGUCGAGGUGGACUGGGCUCGCCUGCCGGACCUAGACGAGCUGCCGAGCCCCUCGCCUCCGUUUCCGAACCUGGAUGCGAGCCUGACGCCGAGGCUGCCCGCCAGUCUGGAUGGGGUGGCAAGCCUGGCAUUCUGUGAGCAAGGGGGCAUCAGCGAGCAAUGGCAAGCAGCGCAGCAACAACAGCAGCUUGAGGCGCAAGGGCAAGAGCAGCAAGAGCGGGGGGAGGGUCUUGAGGAUUGGAACGGGGAUGGAAGAGCGGAAGGCAUGGCGGGAGGCGAAAUGGGAGGCAGUGUGGACGGCAGUGUGGGCGGACAGGCCCAUGAGGCGAUGUGUGCGGUGCAGAGGGAUGCGGAGGAAGGUGGUGAGCAUGGGGGUGCUCUGGGGGAGCCCACUCUGCCUGAAAGGGCGCUGGUGACUCAGCCCUGCCUUCUGAUUGGCCAGUCUCAGCAACCGCAGCCAAUGAGCGCCGAGGAGGCUGCCAGCGUGGCACCAAUGGACUUCGAGGCAGCUGCCAGCGUGGCAGUGCGUGCGGAGCUCUGGGAUUCGCCUCACGACAUGAGCGCCAGUGGCCUGGAGGGGAUGGACAGAGAGGAGGAGGGAGGAGGAGUGUGGGAGGAGUUGGAUGUGGUGGUGUGCGGUGUGAAUGGAGUUACUAGGGUUGGUGGGGGCGUAUUGGAGGGGAGGGAGGAGGGGAGAAGGGAGUGGGACCUGGCCUCAGUGGUGCGUGAAUGCACGGCGGCCCGCCUCUCCCCCACGCCACUCACCGCUACUCCCGCUGCUGCCAUCGCACCCCUUCAGCCUUCCCCAUUCACCGCCCCUGCCACCCCUCUGCCCGUGGCUGCCACUGCGCCAGUACCCACUGCUGCUUCUGUGCCUGCUGCUGUCAUUGCUCUUGACAUCCCUGCUGCCACUCCACCAACUGCCUCCCGAGCUCCCACCACUGCCACAUCUCUCCCACCUGCUGCUGCCCUGGCCAGUCCCCACCCUCUUGCCUCCUCCGCGCCUCCUCUCGCCUCUCCCUCACUCCCUCUCGACUCCCACCAAAGCAACUGGGCGGCAGCAUGCCGGGCGGCACACCGCCGCCCAACCAGCAGCAAGGCAACCUCUUCUGCCACGAUUGCUGCAGCCGCCACUUGUGCUGACGCCGCUGCUGCUAGCAUCACCGCUGGUGGCGCCACUGCUGUUGCCGCCACUGCUGCUAGCAUCACCGCUGGUGGCGCCAUCCCGCCUUCCCUGCCAGGGCGAGCUCUGAGCUGCAGCAGCCUCUCUCUCGCCCGCUCUCAUGGCCCCACCCGCCCUCCACUCGACCGCACCCUCAGUGGCAGGGCGCCGGCAGCAGCGCUGCAGACGCAGUCACAGGGAGCAGCACACACACCGCACAGAGGCCGCGGCAGCAGCGGCGGCAGUUUUGGCAGUGGCGGCAGUGGUGGGCAAGGGGUGAAGGAGCAGGAGGGGGUGGUGCAGCUGCUGUCGCGCGUGGCGACCGUGGAUUGGGAGGAGGUGCGGCGGCCCAUGUCCCGGGCGGCACAGUCCAUCCAGUGCCACUGGGCUCGGCGCCGCCUGGGCUCCGUGAAGCGCUGGGGGGAUGCACCCGUUAUAAGCCUCCCGGAUUCAAGCGUGUCAGAUGGCAGUUUACAGGAAGGGGCGAGCAGGAUGAGGGGUGAUGGGGUAGGAUGGGGGGUUGGUGGGGAGGGGGAAAUGGGGAGAUUGGGGGCAGCGUUGAGUGGAGUUAGUGACGUGUCUGCUGGGGCAGGGUCUUGUGUGAAGGGGGUGUGA